AUGGCGUUUUGGUUUAAUUUAAUGUCUGUUAGCUUUUCGCUACUGUAUACUCCUUUUUUAAUGUUUUUAUUAGGAACAAUAUUUUUAGCAUCUAUGGGAAAAUCGUUUGGAGUUCGGAGAUUGUAUAUAAAAAUACUUAUUAAGAUAUUUGAGUAUGGUAAACAACAUAUUGAAAUAGCUCAAAAAGUAAAAGAAGGAAGCAGAGAAGGAUCAGAUAAUGAAGAAGAAGAAGAUGAUAGGGGAGGAGGGGAGGUAGGGAAAAUGAAUACUCAUUCAGAUCCUGUAGGAAAAACUAGAUCUUCAGUUAUAAGUAGAGAAAAUUUAAUUCUUGUGCCUGAUCCUGAAUUGAACUAUACAGGAAACAAUAAUUUGCAUAUUCAAAAUAUUUCAAACAAUCAUUUAAAUUGUGAAAAGUUACCGAUUAAUUCGAAUAAAGUAACUACAGAUUCACAAGAUUUGCAACCUCCUAAAAGAGAAUUUGAACUCUCUGAUUGUUUGGACUACAUUAGAACAGGAGUUGAAGCCAUCAUUGAAGAUCAAGUCACAUCAAGAUUUGAAGCUGAAGAAUUGAAAUCUUGGAAUUUGUUAACUAGAACAAAUCAUAAUUAUGAAUUUAUUAGUUGGAGACUGACUGUUAUAUGGAUGUUUGGAUUUUUAAUGAGAUAUACAUUUUUGUUACCUCUUAGAGUGACCAUAUGCUUUUUCGGGGUAGUUUGGCUAAUUUUGUCCACUCUAAUAAUCGGGUAUUUGCCAAAUACUAUUUUCAAAUUGUGGUUAACCAAGAGAGCCACCCUUAUAGCUUUUCGAAUUUUAAUGAGAUCCCUGUCAGCAGUCAUCAAAUUCCAUGAUAAACAAUACAGGCCAAUAAAUGGAGGAAUUUGCGUUGCUAACCAUACUACUAUUGUAGAUGUAGCUAUACUUUCUACGGAUGUAAUGUAUUCUUUGACGCUUUGGUUAACGUUAUGCACAGCUAUUGUGGGGUAUUUCCCAGAAGGAGAAUUGAAAAGGUGGCUUAACCGUCACGUAUCAAUAAUGUGCUUUGGAGUUUUGUCGAGUGCUUUAUCGUCGGUCAUUACGUACCAUAAUGAAGAAAACAGACCUAAGAACGGAAUCUGUGUUGCCAAUCACACAUCGCCCAUAGAUGUUCUAGUUCUUGCCUGUGAUAAUUGCUAUGCUUUGAUUGGUCAAAGACACGGUGGAUUUUUAGGAAUAUUGCAAAGAGCUCUGGCCAGAGCUUCAUCACAUAUCUGGUUCGAAAGAUCAGAAGUAAAAGAUAGACACGCGGUAGCUAAAAGACUGAGAGAACACGUAUUCGACGAAACGAAACCUCCUAUUUUAAUAUUUCCCGAGGGAACGUGCAUAAACAACACGUCCGUUAUGCAAUUUAAAAAAGGAAGUUUCGAAGUUGGCGGUACUGUUUAUCCGGUUGCCAUCAAGUAUGAUCCAAGGUUUGGUGAUGCUUUUUGGAACAGUAGCAAAUAUUCAAUGCUUCAAUAUUUGUAUUGCAUGAUGACGAGUUGGGCCAUUGUCUGCGACGUUUGGUAUUUGCCUCCGAUGCAACAAAAACCUGGAGAGAGUUCAAUAGACUUUGCCAAUAGGGUUAAAAGAGCAAUAUCAGAAAGGGGAGGUUUAGUCGAUUUAAUGUGGGACGGUCAAUUAAAAAGAUCAGCUGUGAAAAAAGAAUGGAAGGAAAAACAACAGGAAGAAUUUAGCAAGCGUUUAAAGGUUGAAUAA